GGUGCUGGGCUAUAAAAACAAAUGGAACUGCGAUGCAGUUGCUUUAGUUGACAGAAUUCUCGACGCAGUCACAGCAAAAAACCGAAGGCGGCUAGAAAUCAACAAAUUUCCAGUUCGAGCGUUUCUAAAUUCUGGUUAUCCCGUUGAGCAAAUAUCCUAAAUUUCAAGGAAAAUGGCUGGACGCGAUGCGGCUUCCAAUCAGUUGAUUGACUACAAAAACUCCCAAACGGUUUCUCCAGGUGCCAUUACCACCGGCAAUGGAGCACCCAUUGGAAUCAAGGAUGCCACCCAGACGGUGGGUCCGCGAGGACCCGUCCUGCUGCAGGACGUGAACUUCCUGGAUGAGAUGUCGCACUUCGACAGGGAGCGGAUUCCAGAGCGUGUCGUGCACGCCAAGGGAGCUGGUGCUUUUGGCUACUUUGAGGUGACCCACGACAUCACCCAGUACUGUGCCGCCAAGCUUUUCGACAAGGUCAAGAAGCGCACUCCACUGGCCGUGCGAUUCUCCACUGUGGGUGGUGAGAGCGGAUCUGCGGACACCGCCCGCGAUCCUCGAGGAUUCGCCAUCAAGUUCUACACUGAGGAUGGCGUCUGGGAUUUGGUUGGCAACAACACGCCGAUCUUCUUCAUUCGCGACCCGAUCCUAUUCCCCAGCUUCAUUCACACCCAGAAGCGCAACCCGCAGACGCAUCUGAAGGAUCCGGACAUGUUCUGGGACUUCCUCACCCUGCGACCGGAGUCCGCCCACCAGGUGUGCUUCCUGUUCGGCGAUCGCGGCACCCCCGACGGUUACUGUCACAUGAACGGCUAUGGCUCGCACACCUUCAAAUUGAUCAAUGCUAAGGGCGAGCCCAUCUAUGCAAAGUUCCACUUCAAGACGGACCAGGGCAUCAAGAAUCUGGACGUGAAGACCGCCGAUCAGUUGGCCAGCACUGAUCCGGAUUACAGCAUUCGCGAUCUGUACAACAGGAUCAAGACCUGCAAGUUCCCCAGCUGGACGAUGUACAUCCAGGUCAUGACCUUCGAGCAGGCCAAGAAGUUCAAGUACAACCCCUUCGAUAUCACCAAGGUCUGGUCGCAGAAGGAGUACCCUCUGAUUCCUGUGGGCAAAAUGGUGCUGGAUCGCAAUCCCAAGAACUACUUUGCUGAGGUGGAGCAGAUCGCUUUCAGUCCCGCUCACCUGGUGCCCGGCGUUGAGCCCUCUCCGGACAAGAUGCUGCAGGGUCGACUGUUCUCCUACUCGGACACCCAUCGCCAUCGCCUGGGACCGAACUACUUGCAGAUCCCGGUGAACUGCCCGUACAAGGUGAAGAUUGAGAACUUCCAGCGCGAUGGUGCCAUGAAUGUGACGGACAACCAGGACGGUGCCCCCAACUACUUCCCCAACUCGUUCAACGGUCCCCAGGAAUGCCCCAGGGCCAGGGCCUUGUCCUCCUGCUGUCCGGUGACUGGAGAUGUCUACCGCUACAGCAGCGGCGACACCGAGGACAACUUCGGCCAGGUCACCGACUUCUGGGUGCAUGUGCUCGACAAGUGCGCCAAGAAGCGCCUGGUGCAGAACAUCGCCGGCCAUUUGAGCAACGCCAGCCAGUUCCUGCAGGAGCGAGCCGUCAAGAACUUCACCCAGGUGCACGCCGAUUUCGGUCGCAUGCUGACAGAGGAACUCAACCUGGCCAAGUCCUCGAAGUUCUAAGCGCAGCGAGCGGAUUCGCCGGAUCAGACUUGGUUUUUGGCCUUAAUUACAAUUAAUCCAAUGGAACUAAUUAUUCCAGCAACACCACCAUCACCCAUUCCGAAAUUGACUAAGGAAAGCGAACGCUUUUCGGAUCUUUGGUUGAGGGAUUAAAUUGAUUUAACCACGAAAUGUGUCUUGUCUUGUUUUGAUAUUCAAAAUUGUUUUAGUCAUAAACAAAUUACACUUACAAAAUAUAUAUGUAUAUGCAAUGGA